UUUAGAUAAUCACGGCUAUCAUCAUAGAUAAUAUCGAUUUAAGAAGUAAAAGUUACACACCUACUUUUUUAGUCACCUAAUUAAAAUCAUUAAUCUUGGCAGAUUUGCAUCCAUCUGACUGGAAUAAAAUAUUUAAACCCAAGGAAAAAAAACCAUCAGAAUGUUCCACAAUCACUCUGACAAUGUGUCUUUGCAUCUUUCUGAGGUCCUGGAUGAUAUUGGGAUCAAUGACAGAACAGUGGUGAGGACAAGGAGGGCUGCUUUACUGAAGGAAAACAUUUAUACACUCCAUAUAAAAGCAUCAGGUGAACCAAGCACUGUUUACAAUUUUGGCAGUAUGUCAGAGGGAACUACAACAACUGGACUUAAAUCAGAUUCUGACCGACUUGUCUAUCAAGAUAAUUUCAAUGUGAUACAGGACUGGUCUGAAUGGACUCUAGGUAAGAAUAACUUCCUGAUGAUCCAGAAUGAAACAACACCUCCUGGAUAUUGUCUCCUACAGAGACUUAAAGAUGAUGUUCCACUUCCUUAUACACAUGAAUUUGGUUAUCACCAUGUUAAGGACAUGCGUGGACGGAUAUUGUUCAAAAAUACAAUGCUUGAUACCCUUGUGGUUGGAAUAGGGGAGAGACAAGGACCUUCAUUAUCACUAACGAAACAGCCUGGUAUUAUAGAUUCUGACACUGUCUUAGCAUUUCCGUGUACAUCAUUGCCACAAUCAACAAAAUCCUGCCUAGAUCAUUUGACUGUAAACAAUUGGCCUACAGCUAAUAUGUACAGAUAUAUAAAAACUACAAAGUUUUUCAUUGUUGCUGUUGGCAACAAAGUCAGUGAAAAUGCAGAUUUUGAAUGGAGACUUUCUACCUCAUUUGCUGAACGGUGCUUGAUGUUCAAUUUGAACAUUACUCAAAUAAGAUGUUACAUCUUAAUGAAAAUGAUUAUGAAAACAUACAUUAAUCUUGACAAUGAAAGUUACAUUUCCAGUUUCAUGUGUAAAACUGUUUUGUUUCACUGUAUAGCAAGUAAACCUUUAAAUAUAUGGAAUGAAUGUAACAUUUUAAACUGUUUAACAUACUGUAUACUUACACUGAACAGAUGCAUUUCAUGUAGAAACUGUCCGCAUUUCUUUGAUUAUGAAAACAACUUGAUGGCAGGAAAGUUUUCAAAUGAAGUACAAAAAAAGUUACUUCAAUCAAUAGCAAACCUGAUACCAUGUGAUGGAAUGUCACUUUUUGGAAUUCAGAUUGACCGUGUUGGUGAAAGACUUCAGAUCAAGCUUAACAUGAUGGAUAGGAUAAAUCAUAACAUUGAAAGCCCAGAUGUAGACACUAUGAGAACUUCAAAUUUUUUACUACAUGAUACAGCUAGAUGUAUUGUAGACUUCCAUAAAGAAGUUAUUCAUGAGACAAAAGAUGAAAAUUUAUAUAUGGCAUUGAGAAUUCUGUUACAGAUAGUCCAAAAUUUAACAAGAUACUACAGGGAUGGUGACAUGUUAGUUAAGUUAGCAAGCAGACUUAUAGCACCUCUAUACUGCAGCUCUAUAGGGUCCCUGAUAGCCUCUCAUAACAUUCAAACAAACAAAAAAGUUUCUCCUCAAGCACUAGCCUGGCUUGAAGCAGGACUUGACUUGGACAUUUCUUCAAGCAGACUAAAACUUGCUUCUAUAUUGUAUUGUACAGGAGACAUGGAAAAGGCAGCAUUUGUUCUUCAUGGUGUAGAUCAACAAUACAAUAUAGAAGUUACUGAGCCCAUAUGUAUCUGCUAUAACUUUCCUGUAAAAUACAUUAAAAUAGGAUUUGGUCAGCUUUACAGUCAAUAUGAUGAAGAAGCAGUUAAGUACGUUGUUGCAUUUUGUGUAAGAUUCAGUCAACGUGAAAUAAACUGUGUACCACAUGAACUUCAGUAUGAGAUGUUCAGAUCAACACAAGAGGAAAUUCAACACAGAAGUAUAUACGAUCACUGGAUGGACUUUGCUGUGGUAGACUCAAUUCCAUACCUUUAUUUUCUACAAUACAAGACAUUUGGCAACUUAAACAGGCCCGAAGACCAGCAACAAGCACUGAACAAACUGAAACGGGUCAUUGAAACAGAGCGCAACCUUGCACACAGGGAAACAGCACUGAAUCUACUAGGACAGUGCAUGGAACAAGAAAACAGACUAGACGAAGCUUUACAGUACUAUCUGUCAUCUCUGAAUGUACGACAAAGGAAUAAUGUAGCAAGAAUUCAUGUCUGCAGAUGUUUGGCUAAUGCAAUAUGAAUAUGGUACAGAACAUACUUCAAACUCUACUGUAACAAUAAGAUUACCGUGUUGGGUAUUAGUAAUAGCGAGACAAGCUUUAAACUUCUACUAAACUAUCAUGUACAUUUUUAAAGAAUGUCAUAACACUGUGAUAGUCUCUUAUUAUAGAAAUGUCUAGUUCAAUGCGUAUUUCUUAGUAGAUAUCUUUGACUAAUAUAUUCAAGGGCUUUAAAACAGAACAUUAUUAAGUUUGCUUUUAAACACUGGUUUGGCCUUGAAAAGUGAGAGUAUGUAUAAGGCACAAACAACACUAAAUCAGGCCGCUAACUGAUCAAUCUUCGAUAACAUUUGUUUACUCACCGAAAAUUCCCAGUGAAAAACAAUUAUUGUUUCAGAAUAACAUACUUACUUAAAUUAUUUCUUGAAAUCAUCGCCAGACACAAUACAAUGUAUCUGUGCCUUUAAUCCGUGUUGACUCCUGCUGAUCGUAAUUUCUUAAUCGACCAAUUAACGUACAAUCAAAUUAGCAUUUAACUGCUGUUGUUGCAAUUUCUUUAAUCCAUUUAACAAUCAAAAGUCGCACAUUAGCGACAGAACACAUGUGCAUCAAACAAACAGUCACAAUUCCUUUAAUCCGUAAGAUAAUUGUAUUCCAUGUACACACACUAUAAACCAGUUUCGUCACUUUUUUUAACAAAAAAACACGCUUAUUGAUAAACACUGCAGACCACUUACACAUUACAAUUUUUUAUGACUGUCAAGUGGGCGGAGUUAACGCUUCAGGUACAAGUUGACAUGACGUCCUGUAUUCGCUUUGUUGAUGGUUGGAAAUUUUACGGGCAAAGUUGAUUUCAAAGUGAAGUUUGGGGCAUAGACACUUCAAAGUGUCUUCUCCACUCAAGUCGCUCCCUUGUGAGAUCCCCCAGAUAAUAUUAGCAAUCUUUUGACAAUAUUUUAUAUGAAAGUUCAGACCGUGGCGGAAUCAAGUUUUCAUCCACAGACCGUGCAAUUCAUUUAUUGAAAUCGGUUGUAAUGGAAAUAAAUUUAGAAGUAACUUAUAAUAAAAUGAAAAAAUAUGUUUAAACAUAAUUAUGAUUGAUGCAUAAGAUUAUGUUGAAGGAGGUUUAAGCCUGUACUUGUUAAAAGUUUAUCGACUUUUUACCCUGACUGGAAAUUUUCAAAAUGGCGGCCUUGACCUUUAACAGAGUGACCCAAAAUCGAUAGGGGUCAUCUACUCUGCAUGACCAAUCAUUCUAUUAAGUCUCAACAUUCUGGGUCAAGUGGUUCUCAAGUUACUGACCAGAAAUGGUUUUCAAUGUUCAAGCCCCUGUGACUUGACCUUCAACAGAGUGACCCCAAAAUCCAUAUGGGUCAUCUGUUUGUUUGUUGGAUUUAAAGUCACACCGACACAAUGUAGGUCAUAUGGCUACUUUCCAGCUUUAAUGGCGGAGGAAGACCCAAGUUGCCCCUUCGGACAUUAUUUCAGGCCCGAGCGGGCACCUGGGUAGAACCACCGACCUUCCGCAAGCCAGCUGGAUGGCUUCCUCACAUGAAAGAUUCUAUGUCCCCGGCGGGGAUUCGAACCCACAUCGAUGAGGGGCAAGUGAUUUGAAGUCAGCGACUCUAACCACUCGGCCAUGGAGGCCCCUAUGUGGGUCAUCUACUCUGCAUGACCAAUCAUCCUAUGAAGUUUCAACAUUCUGGGUCAAGUCGUUCUCAAGUUAUUGAUUGGAAAUGGUUUUCCAUAUUCAAGCCCCUGUGACCUUGACCUUAAACGGAAUGACCCUAAAAUCAAUAGGGGUCAUCUACUGUGCAUGAUCAAUCAUCCUAUGAAGUUUCAACAUUCUGGGUCAAGUUGUUCUAGAGUUGUUGAUCGGAAAUGGUUUUCCAUGUUCAGGCCCCUGUGACCUUCACCUUCGAUGGAGUGACCCCAAAAUCAAUAGGGGUGAUCUACUAUGCAUGAUCAAUCAUCAUAUGAAGUUUCAACAUUCUGGGUCAAGUCGUUCUUGAGUUAUUGAUCGGAAAUGGUUUUCCAUGUUCAGGCUCCUGUGACCUUGACCUUUGACGGAGUAACCCCAAAAACAAUAGGGGUCGUCUCCUCCGUAAGCUCUACCAACCUAUGAAGUUUGAAGGUUCUAGGUCAAAUGGUUCUCCAGUUAUUGCUCGGAAAUAAGUGUGACAUACGGACGGACGGAAGACAGGGCAAAAACAAUAUGUCUCCGCCAGGGGGG